CCAUAAAGUAUCAUAAUAUAUCAUUUUCAUGGUGCGUCGUUUCACGUCCACACCUCGCCCCGAUAGACGGUUAACGCGAAUCACCAUUUUUAUCUUCGCAUCCUUAUUAAAAAGAUACCAACAAAAGUUGGUAUGUAUGUAUAUAUAUAUAUACUGUGUAUAUGCACGUAUGCACGUAGAUACGAGGACGUACAUGCACAUAUAUAUAUUUAUAUAUAUAUAUAUUUAUAUAUGUAUAUAUAAGUUCUCGAGCAGGCAGGACGACCUACUUUAAACGCGCUUUACGAAACUACGAUAGAAAGUCCGUUGUCGUUCGUGACGCUUGAAAGUGACGUCGGUUUGGACGUCACUCGCGUGUGACAAGAAAAAGUUAAAGAGGAUCCUUUCGAAGAUCAAUUAGUUCCUUUUUCUCGGAUGUCUAUCGUUCUCGCUGAAAGAGAAAAAAAAACCAAUAGAAAAUAACGUAGAAAGAAGAAAGAAGAAAAAAGAAAAAAAAAAAUGGCAACGAAAAAGAAGAAACGAGUUGAGGACGGCCAUCUUCUAUUAUCGCGGUCGGUAAGGUAGAUCCCCUUUUGAAAAUUUACCGCUCUUAUUUUUUUAUCCGCGAGAUGUCGACAGUCGCGGCAGGUGCGUUCGACCAAUAGGCUCUCUCUAUACGGCUUCACCCCCUUCGCCCCCUUUGGCGUCUUUGGUACGGCCACACUGGCGCCCCCCCUCCCGCCGCCCGUCGUCGCGGCUCGGUUCGCCGCCGUCGAUCGGCGCUCAGCCGACAGUGGCACGGACAGUGAUCGCAAUAUGGCUUCCGCCAGCGCUAGUAAGUGAGAGUACCGUCGAAAGGUGAUAACGGACAUGGUGGGAUUUCGAAGGGUGCGCGGGUCUUUGCGCGCGUGCAAUUGACCGGCAUUUUUCGUCGCCGUCGUCGUCGUCUUCUUCGUAAUCGUUGUCGUCGAGUUUUUCGGUGAAACACGUACCUUUUCGAGAAGACUUAACGGCGAAUCUCGUGCUUACGCGCUUGUUAGAAAGUAGCAACGGGUGGAAGUAGUAGAGAAGGAGAAGAAGAAGAAGAAGAAGAAGAAGAAGAAGAAGAAGUAGUAGUAGUAGUAAAGAAAAACGAAGAAGUUAGAAAGAUAAAGAUAAAGAGAAAGAAAGGAUCGAAUAAAUACAUAAGUAAAUAAAUAAAUAAAUAAAUACAUAAAUAAGUAAAUAAAUAAGUAAGUAAAUAAAUGAAAGAGUGGCGCUCUGUUUAACUGAAAGAAUCGUUGGCGGAGAAAAGAGUGCUGUAAGAAAUAAGAAGUGGUCGAAGGAAAAGAAAAGAGAACCCAGUCGAUUCGUUGCGCGAGAGAGACAGAGAUAGAGAGACAUAGAGAAGGAGAGCGAGAGAGAGAGAGAGAGAGAACGUCGUUCGUUCGUUCUCGGUGUGUUUUGUCUCUCUCUCUCCCUCCCGCGACGGGACGAGCGAAGGAGGGAGGGAGAAGGAGCGAGAGAGCAAGAGAGAGAAAGAGAGCGGGCGCGCGCGCGCGCGCGCGCUCUCACCUCCUCUUGUACGGUACGGUUCUCGAGUAGUGAAACCGUGGGCCGAUUAUGAUGCUCGUGUGUUUUGUGCCAGUGGUUAUGUUUUUGGCGAUGGUGGGGAUGGGACUGCUGACAGAGGUGGUCCUAAUGUUCCUGGGACACACGCUCAUAUAUAUUUCAAAUUAAACCGGCAAAAAUAUUUUUUAAUAAUCUUUACAUAUAUACGAAGAACACGUUUACGUACUCGUCAACGAAGAAAAGGUCAGUUAAAACAGAGAGAGGGAGAGAGACAGAGAGAGAGAGAGAGAGAGAGAAGAAGAUAGAAAGGAAGGAAGAAAGAGAGGGGUUAUGUACACGGAGAAUCGUGACAGGAAAUUCGGUAUUCGAUGAAAGAACGAAUCCUAUGUGUCUGGCACGACAUGUCACACGUUAUCAAUUACUAAAAGGGCCACGUUAUUUUCGACGCUCGCGAUUAAGAAGAAUACAAAGUCCAGUUUUCCUGUCCCCUUCUUCCUCUACCUCUCCCUCGCGCCUAUUUCUCUUUUAACAGUUAACGGUUAAACGAAGGAAUUUGGAUUAACGUCAUCGUUGCACGUUCGUUAAAAACGCUAGAAACGAAACGUUUCUUCUUUUUUUUUUUUACUUUUUCUUUUUUUCCCUUAUUUUCUCGUAUCCGAAACCCCCGUCCUCGAUCAUCGUGUGUGUCUCUUCUCUCCUCUCCUCUCCUCUCCGUUCGUACGUUUCGAAAAAGGGGAGUCGACACGCGCUUGUAAAAGCUUUCGUGUUAGAGAGAGUGAGAGAGAAGGAAAGAAAGAAAGAAAGAAAGAAAGAAAGAAAGAAAGAAAGAGAGAGAGAGAGAAAGAGAAAGAGAAAGAGAGAGACCCCGUGUAGAUGCGAAUGCGUGACACGCUUCGUUUGUCGUGUUCGUGGCCAAGCGCGCGUGUUUGUGUGAAAUAUCGGAAAGAGAGACGUACGUAUCCGCCGCCGUGGCGGUGAGCAGCCAGUGAAAAAGAAGGAGAGCAACGCGCGCACGAAGAGAGAAAAAGAGAGAGUGAGAGAGAGAAGCACACGGCGACGUUUACACGCAGGGAGAGAAACUGAGAGAAAGAAUAAGAGAGACGGAGAGAGGGCGAGUGAAGAGUGAAGAGUGAAGAGUGAAGAGAGAAAGAGAGAGAGAGAGAGAGAGAGAGAGAGAGAGAAGAGACGACGAAGAAGAGGCAAACGAGCGAGCCGAGGCGACGUUGCCAGAGUUUUCCUUCUCUCGUUCCCCGCUGUCGUCUCUCCCUCGUGUUCAUCCCGAGAAAAGAGAAGAAAAGGGUCCGUGAAAGUGUCUGAGAAAAAAAUAGAAAGAAAGAGAGAGAGAGAGAGAGAGAAAGGAAUAAGUAAAUUAAUGAAUAAAUAAGUAAAUAAAGAAAAAAAUAAAUAGAUCGAGGGGGAGACAGAUAGGUAAACAGACGAAUAGAUAGAUAGAUAGAUAGAUAGAUAGAUAGAUAGAGAACGAGAGAGAGACAGGAGAGAAAGAGAAAGAGAGAGUGUGAGAGAGAGAGAGAAAGAAAAAAGUUUGUCGCGUAAAAGUGGAUCUAGGGAAUUUUUCCGAUCCAUCUAGGGAGAUAUUCGUCGAUUCGAAUCGGCAGCAGCAAGUUUAGUUCCACUCUCGGCGCGCCGAUUAUACACGGAUGCCAUGAGACCUGCUGCUGCUGCUGUUGCUGUUGCUGUUGCUACUACUACUACUACUACUAUUACUAUUACUAGUAUUACUAAUAUUGCUACUACUGCUUCUACUACUACUACUACUACUACUACUACUACUACUACUACUACUACUUCUGUUAGUACUACUACUUCUACUACUAUUACUGCUACUACUACGUCAACGUAUCACCGAGACACGUGACAGGCCGAGUUAGAGUACGCUCGACGAGUCAUGAAGAAGCCACGCCUGGAGCGGGACCGACUGCGUGAACGGGAGAGACAGGCCCGGGCCGCGAUGUCGGUUCAGGCAGAACAAGCGGCUGCGGGAGGAAGUUCUGAUCCGAGACACCAUCACCAUAGCCAUCAUAGUCACGCUCACCACCACGCUAACGCUCACAGUAGUGCAUCGCUUUUCCGUGCUCCUGUAAAGGUGAAUCCAGACACCCAAGAUCGUACUACCCAGCAAAUUCAAUCUAAGCUGGGUAAUUAUUCUCUGGUGAAACAUCUAUUAGAUGAACCAAAGAGAUUAAUCGGAAUCGAGGGUGUCCCAGCGAGUCCUGCACCUACUGCUACUUCCUCCUCGCAUCGUACAAGCGUUAGCGCGAUCGGAUCAAGCUCCAGGAGUUCUCCGUCUCCACAGGAAUUUAAAAAACCUGGUGGCCCGAGGACGAGUAUUUCCUCGUCUUCCACGACGACGUCCUCCACAACUUCUUCAACAUCCUCCACCUCAUCUUCCUCUACGUCGUCGAGCCAUCAACGUGGUGCAUUCGUUAAACCUGUUGACGGAAAACCACCUUAUGGCGGCCGUACAGGUUAUUCCGGGCCGCUCAUGAAACAUUCUGGAAACAGUAGUAAUGAUCAUCGUAAUCACAGUUUACUACCCCUUAAGGGACAACCCGUUAAAUCGCCUGGGAAUAUCUUAACUGGAAAUGCAUCCAGCAUAGGCAACUCUGCCAAUCGACUUCAUACAGCUGCGAGCAGAUUAUCAAGGUUACCUUUGGAUAACGUAUCUAAGCACAACUCAAGUGAGAACUCGGCAGACGUCGAAAAUAUUCUGAAGGAAAUGACGAUUCCACCGACACCAUUAACAGCCAUAGCACAAACACCGAGGAAAGAGCUUGAAUCAAAGUUUACCUUUAAUCCAGUUUUGGCAAAGUUAACCGAAGUGGUUCCAUCUGAUUCUACAAAACCUCUUGAACGGGACAGACACUCCAACAAUAGAUUAUCUGCAGAUUUGGAAAGGGAUCUAAGCUUAUCCGAAGACAGCGAGGAUGAAACAACUAAGAACCCGUUACCUAGACCGAUUAGAAAUAACAGAAGUCCACACGUGUCUGUUAGUUUACCAACUCCAUUAAUGUCAACCAUGGUUCCGGGAUCUGCGUCGAUACCACCAAUGUCUCCCAUGCCGAUAUCACCGAUGGGAUCGCUAUCACCCACGAGGCCUUUAAGUUUACCUCGACCAUCUCCACCGUUAAAACAAUUAACUCCAGAGAAAGUUACUUCGCCAGCUUUGGUUAGUCCAUUGCGACCUAAAGAUUCACCAAAUACGUCGACUCAUCAUCGACCACCGAGUCCUCCUGGUCAAGCCCCACAAAGUUCCGGAAGCGCGAGUUCUAGCUCGGACUCUGGUUCAGAUUCCGGGAGUGAUAGCAGUGACGAUUCGGACGAUGAGAACGUUCAACCGAUCGCAAAGGGACCUUCAACGCCACCUUCUGUCUCUCCUGGAGUCGAGGAACCACCACCCGAGGUAGAAGAAUCCAAACCAAGAUGGAACUUGAGUUCCUUUUUUAAUAAGUCUUCCGUGCCAUCGGGUGAUCAAAAUUCAGAAACGAAGACUAUGACUCAGGAUGAGAUUAGACCGGAAGGUACACCGGGAGGAUCAUCGGAAUUAAGAGUACAUAGGGAAAAGGCUCACGACUGGCAUCUAGACGAUGCCUUAAAAAGAACACAUAAUCCGACGAUGAUGAGUUUAUUAAGUGACAGUAGUCAUCAUUCUGAUGCAGAGAAAAGUCAAGCCGUUGAAGAGAAUAAUUCAGAAAUAGAGAAACCGAAAGUAGCGGAUACAAGGAAACGUGGUCGUCCGAGAAAAUCGACGAAAAGUCCAAAGCGCGAUCGUAGAACAUCGGAGGAAAAUAGCAAAAGUACUAAAUCCCGUAGUCGAACAAGACCGGUCAGUAAAAAAAAGAGAUCGAUUUCGAAAGCGAUCGUGCCGACUAGCGAUGACGCGAGCGACGUAAGGUCGCAGGAUGCAUCGUCUGACUCGGAUAGCGAUAAACAAGCAGCGACGUCGGUUACACCAACCAUCGGAGAUAUGACUGAAAAAAGAAGAUUAAGAUUGAGUAUAUCAUCGAGCGAGGACGAAUUUCCAUUGGGGAAUGGAAAGAACAACAGCGGGUCCGAGGGCGAGGCAGGUCGUUGGAGAAGAGCAUCUGUGAAGCAGCGUAGCAAACUCGCGGACUCCCCCAAGAAGCAGGAUAAAAAGAAGAGUCCAGCUAAGGCAAAACCGAGAAGGCCAAGAUCGAGAGUUACUAACAUGAAUGGUUCCGACUCCGAUAGCGAAUCAGAAAUGGCCACGAGGAAUCGCAUUCAAGUUGCAAGUGUUCACAUGUACAGAGUUCCACCUAGACCACGAAUACCACCAACGAGAACAACUUCACCGGACAAUUCCGAUAGCGACAAUAGUCCAACUCCGAAAUUGCAAGAAGACGAUGCCGGGAACGUCCAGGAUAAGAAGAAGAGCGACACCUUGCGAAAGUUGUUUUCGAUAUCGAAAGGAGGUGCGAAAGGUGGUGGCAAGGGUGGAAAAGGUGGCAAGGGUGGUGGAAAGUGCGGUAUAUACGUUCAAGAAUAUACAGCCUCGGCCAAUACACCGAACGGUAGUGAAAGUCCUUACAAAAGACCGCUAUCGCAAUCUUCGAACACUCAAACAAUACCUCCGUUAACCUAUACGAACGGUGUACCCAGUCUAAUGUGCAAGAUAGACCUUAGUAGGAUACCCCAUUUAUCGCAAAUGUCGAGAGGACAGGAACUCAGACAACGGACAGAACUUCCGGAUACCAGGCCAUCCUCCAGACAAUCUUCGAGCAUACACGCUCAAGUACCAAGACCACCUACUCCGGAGGAAGGCGAGAUAAUCGAGGCAUCGCCGGUUCAGCAACGUUCCUCCAACGGUAGGACUCAUGGCGAUAAUAACGUAACGGACCAAAGUGAAAAGAAGGGUCGUUCGAACCACUCAAAAAAUAACGCGCGAUCGUCAGAAUUAAAAAACUGCACUGCUAGUGGCAUUCACAGUGCUGGUGGUAGUGCCGGUGCUGGUAGUAGUUCUAGUGCCACGACUAAUGUGUCAAAGCGGAAACGUAAUACUAGCUGCAGUUCGAUUUCUAGUUUAAGUACUGUGUGUUCUACGGAUUUGAAGUCGAAAGGCGGCAGUGCUGAGCACAAAGAAAAGAGAAGAAAAAGGAAGCACGCCAAAUCCGAGACAACCACGUCUAGGCCCUCUUUAAUUCAGCAAAAUGACGUACAACCAACAAAUCACGAGCGGGAAGAAAAAGCUGAUACAAAUUUGUUACCACCUCCACCCCCGCCACAACGUAUCUACUACUCGUAUUUCCAUGCGCAAAACGAGGUUUUGGAAGACCAAGACAGGGACCAGAAUCAGUACCUGACAGAAGCAAAACGGCUGAAGCAUAGCGCCGACGAGGAGUGCGAACUCACGGCUCAAGGUAUGUUGUACUUGGAAGCUGUUUUGUACUUCCUAUUAACUGGCAACGCCAUGGAGUCUGACCCUCUUACGGAACGGGCGUCGUUCACGAUGUACAGGGACACUUUAAGUCUUAUAAAGUAUAUUUCAUCAAAGUUCAAGAGCCAACAAAAUAACUCUCCGGAGAGCAGUAUAAAUAACAAGUUGGCUGUCCUGAGCCUCUGGUGCCAGUCUCUUUUAUACUUGAAAAUGUUUAAAAUGCUCAAACUCGAAGUGAAAGAAUAUCAGAAAAUUCUUAACGAAUACCAUCAGAAGCCUGCUCAAGCAACACCAGUACAACCGGAAGGACAAGGUACACCAUCCUUGUCUCCAACACCGUCUCCUGCCGGUUCCGUUGGUUCCGUUGGUAGCCAAAGUUCCGGUUAUAGUAGCGGGGAAUUAGCUAAUAGAGGAGUUGCUUCGGGUCAGGCCCAAGCAGCACCUUACGUUAGUGUUCCACUCCACGUCCAUAAUGCCAUGGCAAAACAGAAUUAUUACUUUAGUUUGCUGUUAACCUGUCAUGAUCUUUGGGAUCAAGCAAAUGCAUUGGUGACGGAAAAACAUAAAGAUUUUUUCAUCGAGCUGGACGAAAAGAUGGGACCUUUAACGCUGAAAAGCUCGCUGUGCGAUCUUGUCCGUUAUGUAAAAGCGGGUAUAAAAAAGCUUCGAGCUCUCUGACCACAAUGGCACAGCCCCCGGCCACCUACUCCCAACUACAUUACCUCGCUUCCACAAAACAUCGCAACGUAUCCAACGAUGUUCACGUGAAUCCAACGUGACACAUAUACGUCCUGGAGAAUCGUCGUUACAUCAAUACUGGAAAAUUACUUGCAGCGAGGAGAAGAAUAGGAUCUACGUUUUUUAAAACGGGGUAGGAAGGGGGGGGGGAAUGAUAUGACAAAAAGAAAUAAUUGGUCACGGGGUGCGAUAGAACGAACACGAAGGAGAGAACAAAAAGUAAAACAAAAAAAAAGAAAAAUAGAAAAAAAAGAGAGACACGAACGUGUUUAAAGAACGAAACAAAAUCCUCGGCCCGCGAUGACGAUAUAAUGAAAUCUUGACUGUCAUCGUGCAAAAACGUUUUUCAUCCAAGUCGCAUCAUGUCCUUGCAAUAAUCAUCAUUAUUAAUAUAUUAAUAACAAUGAUCGCUGUAAAGAGAUGAUGCGAAUUUCAUUUAAAAAAAAAAAAAUAAAAAAAAAAACACAAAAAAAAACACAAAAAAAAAACAAAAAAUGGUUUAGCAGGAUGUUAGUCAAUUUUUGCGAAUCAUUGGGGCUAUAAUGAAAUAUAUCGAUGAUUCAAAAGUCGCGUGUUUGCCCAACUCUAGAAAAACGAGUUGUAACUUAUAUAUAUUUUUUCGAAAUGUCCGCUUUUGUAAGUUAACGCAUGUAGAUACGAGAAGAUGCGAAGGGGGAGUAUGAAUUUGGGAAGAUUAACAAUGGAAAUAAUAAAUAUAGGUAAACGUAAAGUGAUUGGGAGAUUAUGAUAGAAAAAUAAAGAGGAAGUUCAAUAAAUGGAAGUUAAUAGAAGUGCCACAGGAGCGCCCGUGUGUUCUCGCUUCACGGUGCGCAACAGCCGACGUUACCUGAAGCAUGAGUCUCGUCUUAUCGACGAUUCGCGUGCGACGAAAAAAAAAAAUAAAAAAAAAUUAAAUACACAAUGAUAUACAUAUAUACAUAUAGUUUAUUACGCAUAUAAAUAUAUAAAUAAUUAUAAAUACUUAUAAAUAUAUACAUAUAUAUAUAUAUAUAUAUAUAUAUAUAUAUAUAUAUAUAUAUAUAUAUAUAUAUAUAUAUAUAUAUAUAAACAUAUAAAUAUAUUUAAUGAGAGACGCGGAAAGAUUACGUAAAGCACAGCUGAUAUCCGUGUGGCGGAUUAUUAUAUAUAUAUUAAUAUAAAAGAGAAGACGAGUAAAACACGUGUCGCAUAUUCGUCGAUCGGAAUAUGCGAGUUUAUUAUUAGACGGCAAAAGGGAGGAAAGCUAAAACAAAAGAAUCGAUAUAUGAUCAAAGGCUGUAGUACUGUUGUAUAGUGUGUAUAUAUAUAUGUAUAUAUAUAUAUAUAUAUAUAUAUAUAUAUAUAUACAAUACACAUUUAUAUAUAUAUAUAUAUACACACGCACUUGGAAGCGUGUAAAGAGAAAACAACAAAACCGACAACACAAAAAAGGAACUAAAGAAAAUGGACACACUUUGUAGAUAGAUGACGCGAGAGUAAUUUAAUACGCAACAAAUAGUUAUGAAAAAAUAAUGAGACAGCGCAAGCAGUACAUAUUGUUUAUAUUAUUUAGAAUUAUUACGGGGAAAAUAAGUAAUUAGUGGUUAAUAGAAUAAUGAAGAAAGAGUGUAGUGCAUUCGUGUAUACAUAGUACGAUGAGCAGCGAGCAUAGGGGGGAUGGGUGGGUGGGGGGAAAAAAGGGGGGGGGGCGUUUAUUAACGCCGAUCAAAGAGCCGUGUAAAGGAAGGGAAAACUUUAUUUACGCGAUAUUGUAUGUAACUGAGAGAGAUAGAAAGGCGUAUCCGAUAAGUAAGUUGUUCCAUCUGUAUAUUUUUGUAAAUAGAUAUAUGUGAGUGCCGCCGCCUUGAGGGUGAUCAGUCGUUGUUGAAACUUCGAUAGAUCAAAACGCCCUAAUUUUUGCUACCACAAAACUUAUCGAAAAUCGGGUCCCUUCUGGUAAUCAAUAACACAUGUAUACAAACGUCUCGCAUAACACGAUAUACACAUAUACACAUACACAUAAGCGCGCGCAUACAUAUAAAAAAGAAAAGAAGUUCAGUAACUUUAUCUCUCGGAUUAUUUAUAAUGCUUAAAUUCAGAUGUCCUAUUUUCUUUUCUUUUCUUUUUUUUUUCUUAUCUUUUUUUCUCUUCUCUUUCUUUGGUCCUCUUUCCCUCCGCCACUCUUUCUACUCACCAUCUACCGACAUUGAUUCCGUCUUUAUACAAAUUUCUCUUUUAUAAAUUCCUUCAUUUUUACAAAGAGAUCGAACAGUAAUAUCGUAGUAUAUCGCAGCAGUAAAAUAUACUCGCGAAGUUGAUUUCAAUUCUUUUAUUAUUUCAUAGUGAUCGAUCAAUCAUAGUAAAUCUAGUACGCUCUCAUUGAUCCCCAUUUAUAUUACACAUUAGAUAAUAAAUUACAAAUAAUUUAUCUGGCACUUUUUAUUUCUACGUAGAAGAAAUGUAUAUCUUCGAACAUAUAUGGACAUGAUUUCCAUUCUAUUCUUUAAAAAAUGAGCGAAAAAAGAGCAUAAUCAUUGUUAGCUCUUCUUUUUUUUUCUUUUUUUCCUUUAUUUCUUUCUUUUGAUUUAUUUAUAAAAGAAAUAUUUGAAUGAAUCAGAUAUCAAGACAUAUGUUCGUAAUACUAUUUCACUUUUGUGUCUAAAAGAAAUUGGACCAAUCAUUUAUUACGAACUUGAUCAUUCGAUACAAAAGUGUCUCGGUUUCGAUAUUUCUUUGACACUUCUCCCUCUCUCUCUCUCUCUCUCUCUCUCUCUCUCUCUCUCUCUCUCGCUCUAUUCUUUUCCCAUUUUUCAUUUUGCUUUCUCUCUCUCUCUCUCUCUCUCUCUCUCUUUUUCCGUAUAAUAUAUAGGAUGCGUUUUUUGCAAAAUGAAUUAACGAAUAUAAAACAGACUAGGAAAAAUGAAAGAUCAUCGAGUUGGCUGGUCGACGAAUGCCCUUAUAGUUAUUAAGCGCGCGGUCCAAUGGUUCAGGGGAUACAAUUUUAUAUUUUUCGUGUGGCUCACCGCACGUUCGUUGCACUCGCUGGAUUCUAACGAUGAGCAAAAAAUAAAAGUAAAACAAAUCAAAAAAAAAAAAAGGAAAAAAAAGGAAAUAAUAAUAAUAAUAAUAAUGAUAAUAAUUAUUAAAAAGUGAAAUAGGAAAGAAAACAAGCGUUGUGAAUCAAACGAAAAUGAAAGAAAAUUGAUAAGUGAAAAAAAUAAAAAAUAAAUAAAAAUAAAAAAGAUGAAGAACGAAAUGCAUAACUGAUUACUUCAGCGAGUAACAGGAUGCAAUUAUUGAAAUGAUUAUAAAAUUAAAAAAAAAAAGUGGGGGUAAAAAGGAAAAAAAAAAAGAAAAAUAAGAAAAAGUUUUGAAUAUUUUCGUGACACAUAUUUAUAGCGGAUACGUAUAUCAGGCGCGUCUACCUGCCAACUCGUACGAUGUAAAUGCAAAGAAAAUAUGAAAAGCAAAGGCGGCCAAUUAAUAAAAAAUGAAAAAUGAGUAACAUCUAUGUAUCGAUACGAUGAUCAAGGCCGAACGACGUUUUGCGUCCCGAUGAUUAUUUUCUGUUGUUAAUAUUUCAUUCAUCUUAUUUUAUUGUACAUAUUUUCUUUUUCUUUUUUCUCAUUUUUCUCGCGAAUAUGCGUUGCUUUCGAUAAAACAUGCGUCUUACCGUCUGCUCGCCAAGCAACAAAGUUAUUCUCUAAUGAUUUUAAGAAGGCAUACGACUCUAUUGUAUUUUACUUUUUUUUUUCUUGUACUAGAUCAAUUUAUACCAUCGUUAUACAUAGAUGUAUACAUAUAUACAUAUAUAUAUAUUUAUUUAUUUAUAUAUGUAUAGAUGUAUAUAUAUAUGUAUAUAUAUAAAUGUAUAUACAUCGAGCCGAGACAUAUGUUUUGAACAAAUCUACGUUCCUAUUGACCUCCAAAGAUAAAUCGAAAGGUGCUGCCGAUCGAGAGGGAACGUUAGGCGAGAGAUGAAUUUUAUUCGGACAUAGUUUCAUUUCUAUAUAUACAUAUUGUCGAUUUCCUUCCUUUUUCUUCUUCCUUAUUCUUUUCUUUUCUUCCUUUUUUUUUUACCAUUUAUCUAUCGAUUUAUAAAAGUCCAUACAUCGCGUGAUUUUUUCUAUUGUAUAUUAUUAUUAUGAUGAUGAUUAUUAUUAUUAAUAUUAUUAUUAUAAUUAUAAUUAUAAUUAUAAUUAUUAUUAUUAUUAUUAUUAUUAAUUAUUAUUUUUAUUGUAUUUUAACCCUCGGUUAUUAUUAUUAUUAUUAUUAUUAUUAUUAUUAUUAAUAUUAAUAUUAUUAUUAUUAUUUUAUUAUUAUUAUAUAUAUUAUUAUAUUAUAUUAUAUAUUAUAUAUAUUAUAUUAUCAAUAUAAUUCUUACCAAUAUUGAUUGAAAAUACCAAUAUUGUUUUUUCUUCUUCGAGGUAUUUAUGUGUGAGAGCGCGAAAGAAAUAUAGUUAUGAUGCUGAUUAUGAUUAUGAUUAUGAUUAUGGUGAUGAUGAUGAUGAUGAUAAUGAUGAUGAUGAUGAUAAUGAUGAUAAAGAUGAUGAUAAUGGUGAUAAUGAUGAUGAUAAUGAUGUUGAUGAUGAUGACAAUGAUGAUGUUGCGUGAAGGAAAGGAAAGACAAUGUGUAAAUCCAGUAAAUUGUGUAAAUUGUACCUAAAAAAUCAGCAACGCAACACAAAAAAAUGAUUUUCUUUUCCGCCGAUAACAUUGUCGAGAGAGAGAGAUACAAGUAUAUAGAUAUAUACAUUAUAAUCCUCGAAAGAAAUUCA